AUGCCCAACUGGAAAUCAUACGAAGCAACCGUCCGCCUUCUCAGCGCCAUUGUGGCUGCACACCCAAAUUUAAAGCUCGAUUACGCUGCAAUAUCCAAGUACUACGGAGAUGAGUCAAAUUAUCAACAAAUUUGGCGUGGCAUGAAUGGCAUAAAGCGAAAUGCCGAGAGCCUCCGAAAAGCAGUCGAUGCAGGUCUCAAUGCCUCUACUGUCAAUCUCGAGAAUGAUUUUAGUGUCAAGAAAGCAAUCAGCGUUCGCUUUGGUGGAGAUUGCACUGCCUCUGCACUUGACAACAGAUUUAGGCGUUUGAAGUCUGAUGCUAAAUUGAUCAAUGCUGCCGUUGCCAAGGGAGAAGAUCCUAUUCUCAUGAAUGUGGGCGAUACAAAUGGAGAAAUUGCCUGCAAAGGAAGAGGUGGGAAUGAGUUGAUAUUUUUUUCCCUCGCUUUUCAACUUUCAUACCACAAGAGCACAGAUUUGUCCCUUUUUGCCUACACUAAUGCUGUAUUAGCGAUUUCCGUACUUAUGGGAUCAGCAACUCCAGCUAGUCACAUCCAAUCGCAGCUUCGAGAAACCAUCAAACCUCUUGGUGAACGCUUGAUUGCCAUGCGUAAUGCCGGCGAGGACUGCAAAGAUGUCGAUUUGACAGACUUGGGUACUCGCCGAUACAAGGCUGAGAUUACUGCGAAGAUGGGAUCAGAUGUCACUCCUAUUAGUGUUAAAGCACAGUUCAGCCGAAGUUUCAGAGUUUUGGCUGCUCGUCAGAAUGCUUUAUGUGCUGUUAGCAAAGACCCCAAGGAUGCCAGUUUGGACAAAUUGGGUAGUCAACAGAAGUCUGAGGUUUCCAAGUAUAUGGGCUCGGAUGUAACUCCCACAGCUAUCAAGAUGCAGUACAAUGCAACCAUCAGAGUUCUUUCCCGGCGUCAAAUAGCUUUGUUUGAUGCCGGUAAAGACCCUUUGGAUGUCUCCUUGAACAACCCAAAAGGUGAGACUGCUAGGACCAUGGAAUCAGAUACUACUGCUUCAUCUCAAAAGAAUCACUUUCGUCGUACUGUCAAAGUUCUUGGCAAUCGUCAGAUGUCGAUGCUUGCAGCUGGUAAAGAUUCUAAGGACGCUAGUCUUGAUGGUCUAGGAGGUGAGAUUGUUGCAAUUAUGGGGUCAGAUGUUACCGUUGAUGCUAUUAAGCAACAGAUUGGCAAGCGUAUCAAGGUUCUUGGCAAUCGCCAAACCAAGAUGCGAGCAGCUGGUCAAGAUCCUAUAAAUGUUGAUCUGGAAGGUUUAAUGCCUUCCAAGAAGGAAAAAGGUGAGAUGGACAGACAUAUGGGGGACUGCACUGCUCCGGGUCUUCGAUUUCAAUUUGAUACCCGUUACAAGGUCCUCGCCAAACGUCAAAAAGCCAUGCUUGCUGCGGGCAAAAAUCCUUCAACGGUUGAUGUUGUCACCGUUGGCAAGACUGAAGUUCAAAAGUGUUUUGGUUCAGAUGCUACUCCUGGUGGAAUCAAAUUCCAAUUUGCAACCACCAUCAAGAAGCACGUCGACAAGAUUCGCAGUGUGAGAGCUGCUGGCAAAGACUGCAAGGAUAUCACAUUCAAUUCCAAUGGUCUCUUGAUUUACAUAUUCCAUUGCGGCUCUUAG